ACGUUUUGCAGGUGUUUAUGGAUUUCCUUGUAUAGCUAAUCCUUUAUUUAAAAGUGUCUUUAAUUACUUUAAUAAUUGAGGAAAAGGGAAGUUGGCGGAGUGAUAUUGAAAAGAGGAGGAGUUAAGGAUAGCCGUUAAAGGCGAGUCCAGUUGCCUCUUCCUCAGUGUGUUCACAGAGGUUGUCAGUUCGUUUAGCUUUGGUUUGUUACGGAUUUUGUCGUGAGCCAGCCGCUGCAUCUACGUCGAAAUGGCUGAUCAGCUUACAGAAGAGCAGAUUGCUGAGUUCAAGGAGGCAUUUUCGCUCUUUGACAAGGAUGGAGAUGGCACCAUCACCACCAAAGAGCUGGGAACUGUCAUGCGCUCUCUGGGCCAGAACCCCACAGAGGCAGAGCUGCAGGACAUGAUCAAUGAAGUGGAUGCUGAUGGAAAUGGAACGAUAGACUUCCCAGAGUUUCUGACCAUGAUGGCCAGGAAGAUGAAGGACACAGACAGUGAGGAGGAGAUCAGAGAAGCAUUCCGUGUCUUUGACAAGGAUGGCAAUGGCUACAUCAGUGCUGCUGAGCUACGCCACGUGAUGACAAACCUUGGGGAGAAGCUGACUGAUGAGGAAGUGGACGAGAUGAUCAGAGAAGCAGACAUUGAUGGAGAUGGACAGGUCAACUAUGAAGAGUUCGUACAAAUGAUGACGGCGAAGUGAAGGGCUUGUACAGAUUUCUUAUAUAAAUAAUUUGCCUUUUUUUUCUUUGUGUAAUUUAUCUGUAAAAUCUUAAUAGCCCCCUUCGUCCCUGCCCCUUCUGCUGUCCAAAGGAACUGCAUGUAAACUGCAUAGGCUCUUGUCCCCAUGUCCCUUUCUUUUGCUGUCAUGGUGUUUUGGAGUGACGGAAUGGUCAUACAACCAGAUGCCUGUGGAGGCCCUUGGGAGCCGGGGAACUUUGAAUCUUCCCGUCUUGUGUGCUCAGGGCCACUCCACGCAUGGCGACAUUGGAAACCUGUCAGCUGGUUGUCACUUGGCAACACUGUUGGCAUGGAAACAAUGUAGAGGAGUUUAAACUCUGCAUGGACUAUGGACAAAGUAUAUAUGGAAAUCUCUCAGCAUUGCACUACUGCAAAAAAAUGACACGGGUGUAUCUCCUAGGUACUCGUACAAACUCUUUUUGUAUCUGCUGUUCUAUAUACCAGAAAACAACUAAUCUUACCAUGCUUUUUAAUGUUUUACUCACUACUUUUACUUAUUUUUUAUUUUAAUGACUUCUGGUCAUGCCUCAAAUAAUCCAUUCCAAGUUGUAUAUUUUUGUUUUCCAAUAAAAAUUACAAUCUACCCGGUUUUGAAAAUUGUCUUUUCUCAGUUAUAAUGGAUCCUUGAGUUUGUAUACCCUGUAAUAAUUCCCAUUUUUGUAUUGAGAACAGGAUGCUCCAUUUUUGAUAGGAAUUUUUUUCUUGUUAGAAUACAUUUGAAAUGUUUACCAUUUUUAAAUUUAAAUGUCCCCCUGUUAAUUUCCAAAAGCACUGAGGAGCAUCAGCCAAUGCCUCUUAAUGUUCAGAUAAGCUCAGAUCAAAUCUGUAUUGUCAUAAAUUAAAGCACUGAGUGGGAUCAAAGGCUUCUCUUUGAAGUGCACACAAUGGUUUAGCCUUGUACUGUCCAUUCUGACUACGUAGGCCAUGUGUUGUCUGCUACUGUUGGCACAGCACCAUGUAGAAGCUGACUGCCUCAUGUCUUACUUGGCAUUUGCCCCCGAGGUGCGGGUGAUUGAGCGUGCAUCAGAAACCAUGGUGUAAAUAGAGGUGUACCUGUUUUAUUUUUUGUUAUCUUCUGAUUAUUGAGUUUGUUACAGUAGCUUGCAGAGAUACUAAGUUUGUUAUUUUGAUGAAUGACAAAAUAAAGCUCUAUUGUGGACCUCA